AACUCAAACUGGGUCAAACAAAUCAUGCAAUGUUAGAAACUAGAAAAAACCCGCCUUUAUUGUAUUUUAUUCUAUGCUUCUUCUUCUCCUUGACUCUCCCCAUUUGAUCACUCUUCAUUCCCAUAAUAAUUCUAAAUUAAAGAAUCAGAUUCCACUGUUCCAAAUUCACAAUCAUUAUUUUGAUUCCUGUCCUUUUUCGUGAUAUGAAAUCUGCUGUCUGAUUAAACAAAUUUAACAGAGAUGGCGGCGUGUUUGCUGAGUCAACAGCGCAGUCCAAUAUGGGACUCGGUCAUGGAACUCACCAAGUCUGCACAGGACAAGAAUGGUGACCCGUUGAUAUGGGCGAUUCAGCUGAGUUCUAUUCUUAACUCAGCCGGAAUCGCUUUGCCGUCCGCCGACUUAGCUCACUUGCUCGUCUCUCACAUCUGCUUUGAUAAUCACGUGCCCAUCACGUGGAAGUUUCUUGAGAAAGCUUUGUCGUUUAAUAUUGCUUCUCCUGUGCUUGUGCUCUCUCUUCUCUCUACUAGGGUGAUUCCGAAUAGGAAGCUCCACCCAACAGCAUACAGGCUUUACAUGGAACUGGCUAAAAGGCAUGCCUUUGCAUACACUUCUCAAAUCAGUGGGCCACAAUAUUCCAAGACAAUGAUAUCAGUAGAUGAUGUUCUCCAUCUUUCCCAUAAAUUUGGCCUUCAAGUAUGUGAGCCUGGUGUUCUUUUGGUGGCAUUUGUCUUUUCAAUUACAUGGCAGUUACUUGAUGCAUCAUUGGAUGAUGAAGGGUUACUGGAUCUUACCGUAGAAAAGAAGUCUAUAUGGCUAGCCAGCCCUCAAGAUAUGGAAAUAGACAGUCACAAGAACUACGGUGAGAAAAUAAACGAACACCAUGAUGGACUGCUCAAAUUAAAUUCCACUAUGGCAAUCGAUCUUAUUGGAGAGUUUCUGCAAAACAAAGUCACCUCAAGGAUUCUUUACUUGGCACGCCAAAACAUGCCUUCACAUUGGCGGGCCUUCAGUCAUCGAGUGAAACUGCUCGCAGCAAAUUCUGCGGCAUUGAGAAGUUCGAAACAUAUAACCUCGGACAUACUUCUGCAGUUGACAUCUGAUACAUGCCGACCGUUGCCUCGGGAUCGUAAAAAAGUAUCACUUGAAAACUUUCAUUCUGUCAUGUCUUCUGGAUCACUUACAUCUUCUGCUGGUCAAUGCCAUGGGGUUAGUUGGUCUGUGUUGUGGCUUCCAGUUGAUCUAUUUUUAGAAAAUGCAAUCAUGGAUGGUUCACAAGUACCAGCAAUCAGUGCUCUUGAAAGUCUAACUGGUCUUGUAAAAGCAUUGCAAGCAGUUAAUGGUACCACAUGGCAUGAUACUUUUCUAGGUUUAUGGAUUGCAGCUCUACGGCUUGUCCAAAGGGAAAGGGAUCCCAGUGAGGGACCUGUACCUCGCAUUGAUACCUGCUUGAGUAUGUUAUUGUCUAUUACGACGCUUGCGGUGGCUAAUAUUAUUGAGGAAGAGGAAGGUGAAUUACUGGAUGAAACUAAGCAUGGCCCCAGUAGCCAAGUGAAAGAGAAACAAGGGCUGGGAAAAUGUCACAAGGGUCUGAUCACAGCUUUACAGUUGCUGGGUGAUUAUGAUAGCUUGUUGGCUCCUCCUCAGUAUGUUAGUUCAGUAGCUAAUCAAGCUGCUGCUAAAGCUAUGCUCUUUAUCUCAGGCAUUAGUAGUACUAACGGCUAUUAUGAAAGCAUAAGCAUGAACGACAUGCCCAUCAACUGUUCUGGAAACAUGAGGCACUUGAUUGUUGAGGCUUGUAUUGCAAGGAAACUUAUAGAUACAUCAGCCUAUUUUUGGCCAGGGUAUGUUGCUGCACAUCCCAACCAGCUAUCUCGUGGUGUUCUUGGCCAAGUACCUGGUUGGUCAUCAUUGAUGAAGGGGUCACCUUUAACCCCUCCGAUGAUAAACACUUUGGUGGCAACUCCUGCUUCCAGCUUACCAGAGAUCGAGAAAGUAUAUGAGAUUGCAGUCGGCGGUUCCAUCGAUGAGAAGAUGUCUGCUGCCACCAUACUCUGUGGGGCAUCUCUCGUUCGCGGUUGGAAUAUACAGGAACACACCUUGCUUUUCAUCAUAAAGUUGCUGUCGCCCCCAGUUCCUGUAGACUACUCUGGGAGUGACAGUCAUUUGAUUAAUUAUGCUCCACUUUUGAACGUUCUUCUUGUCGGAAUAUCAUCUGUAGAUUGCGUGCAGAUUUUAUCCUUGCUCGGUUUGGUUCCAAUGCUUGCAGGUGUAUUAAUGCCUAUCUGUGAGGUCUUUGGGUCUAGUGUUCCCAAUAUUUCAUGGACUCUGCCAUCAGGGGAAGAAAUUUCUUCUCAUGCAGUGUUCUCCAAUGCAUUCUCACUUCUGGUGAGGUUAUGGAGGUUUGAUCAUCCACCCCUUGAAAAUGUGAUAGGUGAUAAAGGACCAGUGGGAGCCCAAGUAGGGCCGGAGUACCUCUUAUUGUUACGGAACUCCCAAUUAGCAGCUUUUGGAACUUCGCCUGGGGAUCGCAUCAAACGUAGAAGAUUCUCGAAAUUUUUGAUCAUAUCUUUCGAACCUAUAUAUAUAGAUUCUUUUCCAAAAUUGAAACUCUGGUACCGGCACCAUCUAGAAUGUAUUGCUUCUGCAUUUUCUGGUCUACAUGGUACUCCUGUUCACCAACUUGUUGAUGCACUCCUCAACAUGAUGUUCAGAAGAGUAAACAGAGGUAGUCAGCCUUUAACUUCUGCUACAUCUGCCAGCACUAAUUCAUCCGGAUCGGGAGCUGAGGAAGCUUAUGUUAGACUUCAAGUACCUGCAUGGGAUAUCCUAGAGGCUAUUCCUUUUGCUCUUGAUGCUGCCUUGACAGCCUGUGCUCACGGGAGACUAUCCCCUCGUGAACUGGCUACAGGGCUUAAAGAUCUUGCCGAUUUUCUACCUGCUUCAUUGGCUACCAUUGUUAGCUAUCUUUCAGCAGAGGUUACUAGGGGUAUAUGGAAGCCAGCUUUUAUGAAUGGAACUGAUUGGCCUAGCCCUGCCGCCAAUUUAUCCACUGUUGAGCAACAGAUAAAGAAAAUACUAUCUGCUACUGGUGUUGAUGUCCCAAGUCUUCCUGUAGGGGGGAACUCUCCAGCUACACUUCCUUUGCCAUUAGCUGCCCUUGUAAGUCUAACAAUCACUUAUAGACUGGAUAAAGCAUCUGAACGGUCCCUUGUUCUGGUUGGCCCAGCCUUGAAUGCUCUUGCUGCUAGUUGUCCCUGGCCAUGCAUGCCCAUCAUAGCUGCCUUAUGGACCCAGAAGGUAAAGCGCUGGAGUGACUUCCUUGUGUUUUUUGCUUCCAGUACUGUCUUCCACCAUAACGGUGAUGCCGUAGUUCAACUACUGAGAAGUUGCUUCACAUCCACUCUCGGUUUUAGUCCUCCUCACAUUUGUAGCAACGGAGGGGUUGGUGCCCUUUUAGGCCAUGGCUUUGGUUCCCACUUCUCUGGUGGGAUCUCUCCUGUUGCUCCCGGAAUUCUGUACUUGAGAGUGCAUCGCUCAGUUAGAGAUGCCAUUUUCAUGACAGAAAAAAUCCUCUCUAUUUUAAUGGAGACCGUAAAAGAAAUUGCAACUAGCGGGAUUCCUAGAGAGACGGCAGAAAAAUUGAAGACGACAAAAUACGGCAUGAGAUACGGGCAUGUCUCUCUUGCUUCAGCGAUGAUGCGUGUCAGGCUCGCAGCAUCCCUCGGAGCUUCUUUAGUUUGGAUCUCAGGUGGACCGAGUUUGGUUCAAUCUUUAAUCAAAGAGACCUUACCAUCUUGGUUUAUAUCAAUCCACAGAUCAGACCAAGGUGGAGAAUCCGGACUGGUUGCUUCCUUAGUGGGUUAUGCACUCGCAUACUUUGCCGUGCUUUGUGGAACAUUCGCGUGGGGCAUAGACUCUUCAACACCGGCGUCAAAGAGGCGCGAAAAGGUCCUCGGGUCUCACUUAGAAUUUCUUGCCAGUGCAUUAGAUGGGAAAAUAUCGCUUGGCUGUGACUGGGCCACUGCACAGGCAUACAUAUCGGGUUUUUUGAGCUUAAUGGUAGCUUGCACGCCAAAGUGGGUUGUCGAGGUUGAUGUUGAUUUAUUGAAGCGGCUGAGCAAGGGAUUACGGCAAUGGAACCAGGAAGAGCUGGCUCUUGUCUUGCUAGGACUUGGCGGAGUUGGCGCAAUGGGCGCUGCUGCUGAACUUAUUAUUGAAACUGGAUUUUGAUUCUUGCAGAAGACAGUUUAACUUAUUAGUGUCAGCUAGCUAGUAGUUUUGAUAUUUAGGAGAAAAAAAUUGACAUUCAUAGUUUACAAAUUCAGUAAAAUCACAGCUCUUGUAAAUUUGGAUUAGGUUAUAUAAUAUAACAAAGUAGGAUAACACAUCUGCAGAUUUUUGUUCAA